AUGAAGGUCACUCUGAAGGAAUGGAAUGCGGUUGCCACAUGGCACUGGGAUAUGCCUGAAGAUGAGGUGUGCGGUAUCUCCCGUGUCCAAUUCGAUGGGACCUGUCCGACUUGCAAAUUCCCUGGCGAUGAAUGCGCCCUGUCAUUGCCUGAUGACAUGGAUUCGUCAAGAUUCGUCAAAGGGAUUGUGCCCAAUGUGCCGUCAAAGUAA